CAGAACCAUACUACAUGACACAAUGAGAUGGAGUGUACGGCAUUGCUUGCUGCUUCAGCUGCGGCAACAUCCAAGUCCAGUUCAACUUCAAUCUCAAUUAUCGAGGAUAUCUGGGAAUCGUUCUGGACAGAGAGGAAAGCUCUUCUCAAGUUCAAGUCAAGCCUUGUUGAUCCUUCAAAUAAACUCUCUUCGUGGAGGGGCAUCGAUUGCUGCACAUGGGAAGGUAUUACAUGUGAUGAGAUUACAGGGUAUGUUGUCAAACUUCAUAUCAGAUGUGUGUUGUUUAGCCAUUGCUUAACUAGUGAAAGCUUAGAUCCUUCUCUACUUGAUUUAAAGUAUCUGAAUUCUUUGGACUUGAGUGGGAACAACUUCCAAUCCAGUAUGAUUCCUGAGUUUUUAGGAUCGAUGAAGCAACUGCAUUAUCAAACUCCUUGCUUUCUGCAAAACAUGACAUCUCUAAGGUUUCUUGAUCUCUCACAUAAUCAAUAUAGUUCUUGGUCCACACAUGUUAUUAGAUUGAGGCACCUUGUUGAUCUCAACCUUGAAAUGAACAAUUUUGACCAUGCAUCCUAUUGGAUUUCCAAAUUCAUGUCUAGUUAUUGCCACUUGGAGUCAUUGGAUCUUGGGAGUAAUCACUUCCACGGAGAAAUCUCGGGAGCUUUCAAGAACAUUUCAAGGUGUUCGACUCAAAACUUAAAGUAUCUAAACUUGGCUGGUAACCAUUUUAAUGGUGAAUUACCUAAAGAGUUGGACAAAGUGAAAAGAAUAAGAUACCUUGGCCUUGGCAAUUCAAAUAUAAGCGGUCGAAUUCCAGAAUCUCUUGGAAAAUUGUCAUGCUUAAGAUAUUUAUUUAUGGGACGAAACAUGUUAGUUGGCCCCAUCCCAUCAUCCUUCGAAAAUUUGAAGAAAUUGAGAGUGUUGGAUCUUUCUGGUAAUGGAUUAAGUGGAAAUGUUCCAUUUAUUUUAGGACAACUAUCAAAUCUCAAGAGUUUUGACAUUUCAUACAACUUUUUCAAUGGAACAAUUUCUGAGGUUCACUUUGCAAAGCUCUCGAAAUUAGAAAGCCUCCAUGUAUCCAACAACUUGAUCAAUUUUAAGUUUGGAUACAGCUGGGUGCCCCCUUUUCAGUUGCAGUCUCUCAAAAUAUUUUCCAACAAUGGAGGUCAGAUUCCGCCAUGGCGUCAAUACCAGAAGGUGUUGGAUGCCGUUGAUUUAAACAGCUGCGGCAUUUCAGGAACUCUCCCAAAGUGGCUUGGCAACAUGAAUUUGGAGCUGUUGGAUCUAUCUAACAACCAUAUAUAUGGAACAAUUCCAAAGCUUUCUUCCAACUUGACAUCCUUAGAUCUUUCGGAUAACAUACUAAAUCACCUUCCGAGCAACAUUGAUCGUCUGGUACCUUCCCUAGAAAGUUUAUACUUGACACGUAACUCCAUCAAUGGUUCACUGCCUGAUUCAUUGUGCAAUAUGAGGCUAAGGGAUAACCAUUUUCAAGGAGCUAUACCUCCUGCACUUUGUCGAGCUUCUCAGAUUCAAAUUCUAGACCUGGGAAAAAACAACUUGACUGGGUACAUCCCACAUUGUGUCGGAAAUUUCUCAGGCAUAACUAAAGAGGAUGCAGAGGUUCUAGAAUAUUUCCCGAAAGAUGUCAUAGAUCAAGUAUUGAAAGGAACAGAUAUGGAGUACUACACUGACCGUGGACUAGAAGUUGUCAAUUUUUAUCUUUCUUACAACAAUCUUGUUGGGGAAAUUCCUUCAGAGUUGACGGGCCUUGACAACUUACUUGGUCUCAACUUGUCACAUAAUUCUUUGGAUAGAGAGAUUCCAUCGAUGAUUGGAAACUUGACAUCGCUAGAAUCUCUUGAUCUUUCCAACAACAAUUUGGUCAGGAGAAUCCCCAGCAGUCUAUCGAAUCUACAUUUUUUGAGCCGCAUGAACUUGUCCAACAAUAAUCUGUCUGGACCGAUCCCCACUGGAAAUCAACUGCAAACUCUGGAUGAACCUUCAAUUUAUGACUGCAAUCCCCAACUAUGUGGAGAUCCCCUGCUGAAGAGAUGUCCUGCAAAGAACCACCAAAGGACUUCAAUCCUGAAAAUGAUGAUGGAGAUUCACGGGAUAAAAUAUGGUUUAGUGCAUUUGUUGUAG